AAUUGGGAAAGGGAGAAUCGUUUGCUUCUACCACCAACUUCUCAGAUAAAAAUUUGAACUUGCAGUGCAGCUGUUUUCUUUAGUCCAUCUCAUCCCCUUGUAACUACAAGCAAGCAGAAAAGUUGCAGCUCUCAAGCAUCAUGCAUAUACUAUAGUUUUCCCACAGCUUGUGCAGCUUCAUAAAAAAAAACAGACUAUAAAGACAAUAAAGGGCCAAAUGAGCUACUUGGAGAACCUCAGUGAUGGCGAAUAUGAAACUGUUGUCGCAGCAACUGCCUACGCCAUCACCUCUCUGGAAGAGGAAGAAGACUCAUUUAAACAGAAGAAAACAGUUGAAGGAUUGACCCGAACCAAAACCAAACUCGAAGAAAGAACAGCUAGAAAAAGUUUCAACUGGUCCUUCAAAUGGCUCAGCGGUGAAGAAGUAAAACAGGAAGAGAAACAGAAAGAAAAAGAUAAAGUUGAAAAGUCGGCAAGAGAAAAGUACGGUAGUAGGUACACUGAUGCUGGAGAAGAAUCAGAUGCCUCCCCAACUCUUAUAAAGACGCCAACUUUCACAAAGAGGGUUCAAAGCGGAAAAGAAGCUACGGUGAGAACAAAAGCAACAUCCACAAAAAAGCCUGCAGAGCUUGAUAAAAUAGAAACAGAAGCAGAUGCCUGGGAGAAGGCUGAGAUGAUUAAAGCUAAGAAUAGGUAUGAGAAGAUGAUGUCUGUGAUAUCAGAGUGGCAGACAGAAAAGAAAACCAAAGCGAAGCGCCGAAUGGAAAGGAAGCAGGGAGGACCAGAGCAGAAACGAGCCAAAGCCAAUCAACACUACAACAAUGAGCUAUCAAGGAUCAACAAAGUCGCCGGCAAUGCACAAGCGCUCACAAAAGAGAGGCUGCAAAACGACGAAAUGAAAAUACGAGGAAAGGCAACGAAAAUAAGGUCAGAAGGUAAAGUACCAGCCACCCGCUGGGGCUGUUGUUGAAUCAGAAGUAACUGAUGGAAUAAGCUCUAAACAAGCAGAAUUGUCUGUAUAUAUUUAUUAGACAUUUCUGAGCCACCAAUUAAUACAAUAACUGA